AUGGUUGCCACUUAUGGCACUCCCAAUGUCACAAUUGCCACUGAUGGAAGUGGUAACUUUGGUACAAUCAGCGAAGCCAUCUCACAGAUACCAGUUAAUAGAAAUGAUCCAUAUGUGGUUUUAAUAAAAGCAGGAACAUACAAUGAAGCCAUUUUUAUAGGACAAAAUAAGUCAAAUUUAGUCCUCAUUGGAGAAGAUAUUAGUGCCAACGAUGUGUUGGUCAAAGGCAUCAGAUUUGUGAAUUAUGUCGGACCCGAUGGUGGCCAAGCUGUGGCACUUAGAUUAGCCGGUGACAGAAUUGCACUUUAUCAAUGUUCCAUACAAGGAUACCAAGAUACAUUGUUGACUGCAUAUGGCAUUCACUUUUUCCGCGAAUGUGAUAUCUAUGGCACAGUAGAUUUCAUAUUUGGAUUCGCACAUGUUGUCUUCCAAAACUGUAACAUUUAUCUGAGAAAACGCUCAAACUCAGGCAACUUACUUGUGAUUACAGCCCAAGGUCGUGGAAAGGUCAAUGACACAAAUGGAAUAGUGCUACACAAUUGCACUGUUAAGGCUGACAAAGAUCUUGAACCCUACCUAAACCAAACCAAAGCAUUCUUAGGGAGGCCAUGGUAUAACUGUUCUCAAACCAUUGUAAUGGAAAGUUUUCUUGAUAAGUUGAUAGACCCUAAAGGGUGGCUUGAGAGUGGUGAUAAGAAAGCAUUGUCCACACUAAAUUACAUAGAAUAUGCCAACCGUGGCCCAGGAGCUAAUACUAAAGGAAGGGUUCAAUGGCCUGGGUAUCAUAUUGCCAAAAACUCCGAAGAAGUGAAACCCUAUACUGUUGAAAACUUUAUCAACGGAACCAUUUGGCUACCAAGUUCGGGAAUUCCGUUUGUUCCUGGUCUAAUAGGAUAG